UGCCAGCACAGUGGAGAGAACGCGAGAGGGUGACAGUCAGAGAGCGAGUGAAGCCAGUCCAAGGGGCAAAGGAUGGGAUUAAAGUAGGAGGAAGAGGAGGAAGAGGAAGAGGAGUGACUGUGAACUAGAACGUCCGAGUCCACAGGAGAAGAGAGACAGAAGAGCUAUCUGUCGCUCCCCGAGGCAGACGCGCUCCCUACCAUGGCGAGCCUUCCCAAAGAGCCGCCGGAGGAUGCCAAGAAACAGAGCUUCUGGAUGCCGGGGAACUACGUGCGCACGGUGCACCGAACCGAGAAGUCCUUCCAGGCCUGCAACGACAUCGUGGCCUGUUUCACGGAGAGAGCGAAGGUGGAGAAGCAGUACGCCCAGCAGCUCAGCCAGUGGAGCAGCAAGUGGAAGUCCAUAGUGGAUUCCCGGCCACUUUACGGCUCGCUCAUGAGGGCGUGGCAGUGCUUCUUCACCUCCACCGAGCGCCUGUCCGCCCUCCACUCCUCCAUCUCCCAGUCCCUCAUGGUGGAGGAAGGCGGCCGCGUUAAAACCUGGCAGAAGGAGAUCUUUCCAAAGAAGAUCUUGUGUGGCUUCAGGGAGAGCCACAACAACAAGACGAGUUUCUCCCGUGCGCAGAAGCCCUGGUCCCAAAAGCUGAUGAAGCUGGAGACGGCCCGUGUCGCAUAUCACAAGUCCUGCCAGAGGGAGCAGGCAGCGCUCGACAAAGAAAAGCAAGCAAACGAAAACACUGAGUUGAGUCCGGAGAAAAAGCAGAAAGUCACGGAGGCCAGAGAGAAGAUCACGGAAGAGAAGGAAAAGAUCAGAGGCCGCUAUGAGAAGCUCCUGGAGGAUGCGACUUCCUACACCCCUCGCUACAUGGAGGAGAUGGAAGCCAUUUUUGACGAGGCGCAGGAAGAGGAGAGGAAGAGGAUCAGCUUUCUGAAGCAGGCCUUCCUCUCCAUCCACCGGCAUCUUGACGUCACCAACGACGAGAGUGUGAAGGCGGUGUACAGUGAGCUCCACCACACGCUGAUGUCCAUCAACGAGGAAGACGACCUGAAGUGGUGGAAGAACAACCACGGUCCCGGCAUGCCCACCGACUGGCCAAAGAUCGCUGAAUGGGUCCCGCCAAUAAAAAAACUAAACAGAAAGAAAAGAGAACAGAAACAAAAAAGAGAAAAUCGUCCUGUGAUGAUCGGGGGCGUGAAGGUGCGAGCGAUGUAUGACUACGUGGGCGAGGAGGGCGAUGAGCUGUCCUUCAAAGCAGGAGAAGUGUUCCUGAAGGUGGAGGAGGAGGACGACCAGGGGUGGUGUCGAGGAGUCCUCAGCGGAGGAAAAGAAGGCUUCUACCCAGCGAAUUACGUCGAAGUUGUAGAGUGACGUCACACAGUCAAAUAGAAUUUGUUCUGUACUUAUCUAGUUAUUUAAAAAUCUUCCAAAAAAUAACAAUUUUUGUUGUAUAAUAUAUAACUCGAACCAUCUGUUUCCCCUCACUUUGAAAUGUUAUAUUUGUUAAGGCUUUCAUUUUCUAACCAUCUUUGGUUUGAGUGCUUCUGCAAUAUGAAUUAUCCAAGACUAAAUAUACAGUUUGUGCAGAAGCUACAUGUGUAUAUGUGCAAGUGUUUACGUGUGUUUGCAUGCAUGUCAAAACAGAAGAGAACAAGAGAGGAUAUUUAUUUAUCAUGUUUGAGUCAAUAGUUCGUAAUAAUUAGGACAUCUGAUAUCCAUAAAUGAUGUUUACCCAGGUUACAAUGAUGGGAGCACACACGGUUAAUGUUUACUUAAGUAUUAUGUGGAGACACAUGGAGCUUACUAUGUCUGAGGGAAUUGAUUUUCAAAAUAAAAGAAUUGUUGUUUUGCCUCUAA